AUGGUAGGCUGCUGGAUGGUUCUUUUGUUUGUUUACAGGGGACUAAGUGCACUGAGAUUGAGAAUGUCAGGACGUGAAGAAGAUAUUAUAGUUGCGGGAAACUCUAAUUCGCAGACGAACUCUAACUCGACGUCGUUGAACGAGAAGUCCGAUAGGACUGAUCGGGUAGGCUUAGAUAGUUCCGGUUACGCCAAGGACGGGGGAGCAGAUCUGGAGCAGUACAGAAGCCAUGACGUAAAUGACUCCGAGAAGGACGAGAUGACCAUUCUGGUCAAGGAGGCUGACCGGCAGUUGAGUGGAAUGAAGAAGUCAGAUCUGGUGUUUGUGUCGGCGUGUUGUGUGAUGGUUGCGUUUGGUGGGUUCGUCUUUGGCUGGGAUACGGGCACAAUCUCUGGGUUUGUGAAACAGACCGAUUGGAUCCGGAGAUUUGGUUCGGAGAGGCCCGACGGCACGCACUUCUUGUCCAAUGUGCGGACCGGGCUGUUGGUGUCUAUCUUUAACAUUGGCUGUGCUAUCGGAGGUGUCCUUCUUGGUAAGUUAAGUGACUUGUACGGCAGACGUGUGGGACUGAUGAUCGUGGUGGUCAUUUACACGAUCGGGAUCCUCAUCCAGAUCUGUUCCUUCAACAAAUGGUACCAAUACUUCAUUGGCAGGAUCAUAUCUGGUCUUGGUGUCGGUGGGAUCACGGUGAUGUCGCCCAUGCUGAUCUCUGAGGUGGCUCCCAAGCAGAUUAGAGGUACCCUGGUUUCGUGCUACCAGUUGAUGAUCACUGGUGGGAUCUUCUUGGGCUACUGCACGAAUUUCGGUACUAAGAACUACAACAACUCCGCCCAAUGGAGAAUCCCUUUGGGUCUGUGUUUCGCUUGGGCUCUGUUCAUGAUUGGCGGUAUGACUUUUGUGCCAGAAUCGCCUCGUUACCUGGUGGAAGUUGGCAAACUCGAAGAAGCCAGGCGUUCCCUGGCGAGGGCAAACAAAUGUUCAGCAGAAUCUCCAUUGGUGACUCUGGAGCUUGAGAAUUUCCAGGCUUCUGUCGAGGCCGAAAAAGUCGCCGGCGAUGCCAGCUGGUCUGAGCUGGUGACCGGUAAACCUGCCAUUUUUAAGCGUACCGUGAUGGGCAUCAUGAUCCAAUCUUUGCAGCAACUGAGUGGUGAUAACUACUUCUUCUACUAUGGUACGACCAUCUUUACAGCUGUUGGUUUGAAUGAUUCAUUCGAAACUUCGAUCGUCCUCGGUGUGGUAAACUUUGUUUCAACGUUUGUUGCCUUGUACACCGUUGACAAGUUUGGUCGGCGUAAAUGUCUGUUAUAUGGUUGUGUUGGUAUGGUCUGCUGUUAUAUUGUCUACGCAACUGUUGGUGUCACUAGUUUAUGGCCAAACGGGCAACAUCAACCAUCUUCCAAGGGUGCUGGUAACUGUAUGAUUGUUUUUGCAUGUUUCUACAUUUUCUGCUUUGCCACUACCUGGGCUCCAAUUGCAUAUGUCAUCGUUUCUGAAUCGUUCCCAUUGAGAAUCAAGUCGAAGGGCAUGGCCAUUGCCAGUGCUUCCAACUGGAUAUGGGGUUUCAUGAUUGGUUUCUUCACUCCUUUCAUCACCUCUUCGAUCAACUUUUACUAUGGUUACGUCUUCAUGGGUUGCAUGAUAUUUGCCUACUUCUACGUUUUCUUCUUCGUUCCGGAAACCAAAGGCUUGACCUUAGAAGAGGUGAACAUCAUGUAUGAGGAGCGUGUACUUCCAUGGAAAUCCGCGUCUUGGUUACCUCCACAUAGGAGAACCGCAGAUUUCAAUGCAGAUGCGUUCGCCAGGGACGAAUUGCCCUUCUACAAGAGACUUUUUACGAGAAGAUGA